CUGUAAUAUAUUUUAACUUUUUCAUACAGAAAUGGAAAAUUAUUGGGACAGGGAAAACCGCUGUGUGCCCUAAAACAAAAGUUUAACUUGUGGACCAACGGGACCUGUUGGGAGCAGUGGGGGUGGUAAAAGUAGUCCCGGCGGGAAGGGUCAGGACUCCGGGCGUCAGCGUCCGGCGCGCAGUUCAGUUUGGCGGUUCAGCGUCUGCUGUCAGACCGAGGCGGGAUGUGGUCGCGAAUGAACCGAGCUGCUGAAGAGUUUUACACCCGUCUCCUGAAGGAAGUUGAUGAAGAAAAGAAAGGAAUCUGUAAAGAUCCAUUUAUCUAUGAGGCUGAUGUCCAAGUGCAGUUGAUCAGCAAAGGCCAACCGAACCCUUUGAAAAAUAUUCUAAAUGAAAAUGAUGUAGUCUUCAUCUUGGAAAAAGUGCCUUUAGAAAAGGAAGAAACAAGUCCUGUUGAAGAACUACAAUCUGAAGAAACUGCUAUUUCUGAUUUCUCUAGUGGUGAGAAUGUCGGACCACUUGCUUUACCAGUUGGGAGGGCAAGGCAGUUAAUCGGACUUUACACCAUGGCUCACAAUCCUAAUAUGACCCAUUUGAAGAUUAGUCGGCCAGUUACUGCCCUUCCUCCCCUCUGGGUGAGGUGUGACAGUUCAGAUCCUGAAGGGACCUGUUGGCUUGGAGCUGAGCUUAUCACAACAAAUAGCAGCAUUGCAGGAAUCGUCUUAUAUGUGGUCAGUUGUAAAGCUGAUAAAAAUUAUUCUGUAAAUCUUGAAGACUUAAAAAAUUCACAUAAGAAAAGACAUCACUUGUCUACUGUUACAGCCAGGGGCUUUGCCCAGUAUGAGCUCUUGAAGUCCACUGCCUUGGAUGACACAGUCCCUGCGUCGCAAACUACCAUCACUUUGGAUGUUUCCUGGAGUCCCGUGGAUGAGAUUCUUCAAAUUCCUCCACUUUCUUCAAAUGCAACUCUGAAUAUUAAAGUGGAGUCAGGAGAUCCUAGAAGUCCUUUGAGUCAUCUUCACAGAGAACUGAAAUUUCUCCUUGUUUUGGCUGAUGGUUUGAGGACUGGUGUUACUGAAUGGCCUGCGCCUCUGGAAGCAAAACCUGCUGUUGAAGUUGUGCAGGAAUUCCUGAAUGACUUAAAUAAGCUGGAUGGAUUUGGUGAUUCUACAAAAAAAGACACAGAGACAGUGAAGCACGACAGUGCUGCAUUUGAUCGUUCCAUCGAGUGUCUUUUCACAGUACGGUGUGAUCUCGAUUUUGCUGAGCAGCUGUGGUGCAAAAUGAGUAGUAGUGUGAUUUCCUAUCAAGACUUGGUGAAGUGUUUCACAUUGAUCAUCCAGAGUCUACAACGUGGUGACGUACAGCCAUGGCUCCAUAGUGGAAGUAACAGUUUACUAAGUAAGCUCAUUCAUCAGUCUUACCAUGGAACCAUGGACACAGUUUCUCUCAGUGGGACUGUUCCAGUUCAGAUGCUUUUGGAAGUUGGUUUGGACAAACUAAAGAAAGAUUACAUCAGUUUUUUCAUAGGUCAGGAACUUGCAUCUUUGAAUCAUUUGGAAUAUUUUAUUUCUCCAUCAGUAGAUAUACAAGAACAAGUUUAUCGUGUUCAAAAACUUCACCAUAUUCUAGAAAUAUUAGUCAGUUGCAAGCUUUUCAUUAAACCUCAACAUGAGCUCCUCUUUUCUUUAACACAAUCCUGCAUAAAAUAUUAUAAACAAAAUCCUCUUGAUGAGCAACACAUUUUUCAGCUGCCUGUCAGACCAACUGCUGUAAAAAACUUAUAUCAAAGUGAGAAUCCACAGAAAUGGAGAGUGGAAAUAAGUAGCGGUCAAAAAAAGGUGAAAACAGUUUGGCAACUGAGUGACAGUCCACCUGUAGACCAUCUGAAUUGCCACAAACCUGAUUUUUCUGAAUUAACAUUAAACGGUAGCCUGGAAGAAAGGAUAUCCUUUACUAGCAUGGUUACCUGUAGCCAGGUGCAUUUCAAGUGAAGUGUGCUGAUGGAGGUCCUCUGUCAGCAUCAGCCCCAAAAAGAAAGAAGAAAAAGUAAUUAUUACAGAUCCUGAAAACAGAAAUGUAUGUAACUCUUCGAAGCCAAAAAAGGAAGAAGAUCCAGAAGAUUUUCUCUGCAAGGUGAAGCUGCAGAAUGUAACC